AUGGCCCUCCGCCAGCCGCUCACCCAGCUCACCAAGCGCGCCACAACCUCGCAAAUCUCCAAAUUCGCCUCCACCCCCGUAUCCUCGCUGUGGCUGUCUAAGCAGGAGAAGGGUCUUGCGACUGCCGUACCGCCUGUAACACAAGAUGCCACAUCCUCGAAGGGGCCCACGGCCAUGGUCUUCAUGAACAUGGGCGGUCCCUCGACUACAGACGAAGUUGGGGACUUUCUCAGCAGGUUAUUCGCUGACGCAGACCUCAUCCCCCUCGGCCGCCUCCAGAACUACCUCGGCCCCCUAAUCUCCCGCCGCCGCACGCCCAAAAUCAAGAAGCAAUACGCCGAGAUCGGCGGCGGCAGUCCCAUCCGCAAGUGGUCCGAACACCAAUGCGAGGAGAUGUGCAAGAUCCUAGACAAGACCUCCCCUGAAACCGCACCCCACAAACCCUACCUCGCCUUCCGCUACGCGAACCCUUUGACCGAGGAGAUGUACAACAAACUGCUGGCGGACGGCUUUGGUGGCGGGCGAGGCGGGCGCGCCGUAGCUUUCACCCAGUACCCCCAAUACAGCUGCAGCACGACCGGCAGCAGCCUGAACGAGCUCUGGCGCUGGCGCAACAAGCUCGAGGGUCCCCGCGCCGGCGGCGUCGACCCGGCCGGCGCGAUCCAGUGGAGCGUCAUAGACCGGUGGCCCACACACGCGGGGCUCGUCGAAGCCUUUGCGCAGAACAUCGAGAAGACGCUCGCGACCUACCCUGCCGAGCGCCGCGACAAAGUCGUGCUGCUCUUCAGCGCGCACUCGCUCCCCAUGAGCGUCGUGAACCGCGGCGAUCCCUACCCGGCCGAGGUGGCCGCGACGGUGUACGCCGUGGUGCAGCGGCUCGGGAUGCGGAACCCGUACCGGCUGGUGUGGCAGAGCCAGGUCGGCCCCUCCGCGUGGCUGGGCGCGCAGACGAGCGAUACGGUACACAACUACAUCUCCCGCGGCCAGAAGGAUCUAGCGCUCAUCCCGAUAGCGUUUACGAGCGACCAUAUCGAGACGCUGUAUGAGCUGGACAAGGAGGUUAUCGGUGAGACGGGGCUGGAUAGCGUUAAGAGGGUGGAGAGUCUCAAUGGGAGUAAGGUGUUCAUUGAGGCGUUGGCGACGCUGGCCAAGGCGCAUUUGGAGAGCGGCAGGGCGUGCAGCGCGCAGAUGAUGCUGAGGUGUCCGGGGUGUACGAGCGAGAGGUGUGCGGCCUCGAAGGAGUUUUUUGGGAGCCAGACGUGGGCGAGGGCGGAUUCGGUCGUUGGUUAG